GAAAGAGUCAAGUGGGUUGAGGCCUACUUAAUUUUCUUAACUAGACUUUUGGUCCUCUCGAAUUUUCAGUUGUUGGUGCGACAAUGCGCGAGUUUGGAGUGACGGCGUGAGUUUUGGUCAAUUUUGAAUGUAGCAGUGAUCAUCGGAAUUUUCGAAAAAAACUGGGACUUAUUUCACCAUCAAGAUGAUGAAAUUUAAGGUAUCCGGCCUUGUGGCCGAUUUGAUGCCAAAUAUAAGACUCAUCCAGGCUUCUGGACAUUUCAUGUUUAACUAUUACGCCGAUAAUUCUGGAUCGCUUCACACAUUAAGAGUUGGAUACUGCUGUGUCCAUUUAGUUUUAUGCUUACUUCAAUACGGUUGCACUUUUGGUAACUUAGUAGUAGAAAGAGAAGAUGUUAACGAUUUAGCGGCCAAUACAAUCACUGUCCUAUUCUUCACACAUUGUAUAACGAAAUUUGUCUACUUUGCCUUAAGAUCAAAAUUAUUUUAUAGGACGUUAGGAAUAUGGAAUCAACCAAACAGUCAUCCAUUAUUUAUAGAAUCCAACAACCGAUAUCAUGCGCUGGCUUUGAAAAAAAUGAGGACUCUCUUGAUAUGCGUUGUUGCAACGACAGUGCUCUCAGCAGCAGCAUGGACUGGUAUUACAUUUGUUGGAGAGAGUGUCCAUAACGUGAAGGAUCCCAACAACGCAAACGAAACCAUCGUAGAAGAAAUUCCUCGACUGUUGGUAAAAUCAUGGUAUCCGUUUAAUGCAAUGUCGGGUGGAGCUUAUUUCCUGUCUCUAGGUUUCCAGAUCUAUUACGUAUUAUUCUCACUGAUGCAUGCAAAUCUCCUGGACAGUUUGUUCUGUUCAUGGUUGAUUUUUGCCUGCGAGCAACUGCAACAUUUGAAGGAGAUCAUGAAACCCCUUAUGGAACUAUCAGCAUCUUUAGAUACCUACGUCCCCAAGAGUGCGGACUUAUUCAGAGCCUCAAGCGCAACAUCUCAAGAUAAUCUAAUUGAAAAUGAUUAUAAUACCAAAAAUGAAGAAAUAAACCUAAAAGGGGUGUAUAAUACGAGGCAAGAAAUGGGUGCCAACUUUAGAUCUGGAGCACUUCAAACAUUUGGACCAGGAGGUGGAGGUGUCGGACCAAACGGACUAACUAAGAAGCAAGAACUUAUGGUCAGAUCGGCUAUUAAAUAUUGGGUAGAAAGACAUAAGCACGUUGUAAGGUUAGUAACAGCCAUCGGGGAUGCUUAUGGUGUUGCUCUUUUACUGCAUAUGUUGACCUCAACUGUUAUGCUGACUUUACUGGCUUACCAAGCAACCAAGAUAAAUGGUGUUAAUCCCUAUGCCGCAACUGUUAUUGGGUAUUUGGUUUAUGCCUUGGCUCAAGUAUUUCAUUUCUGUAUAUUUGGUAACAGACUUAUUGAAGAGAGUUCGUCAGUUAUGGAGGCAGCUUACAGUUGUCAUUGGUAUGACGGAUCCGAAGAAGCAAAGACAUUUGUACAAAUCGUCUGCCAACAAUGUCAAAAGGCUAUGUCAAUUUCGGGAGCAAAAUUCUUUACAAUCUCACUCGACUUAUUCGCUUCGGUACUUGGUGCUGUAGUUACCUACUUCAUGGUGUUGGUUCAACUCAAAUAAUUUUUUUACCAGCUUCGGUGGGUAUGUGUGCCUUUUAUUAAAAGUGUACCUGAAAAUAAUGAUGGUUUAAAGAAAUCAAGAAAAAAAGUGAUAUUGAAAAUUAUUCUUAAAGACAUAUUUUAUAGUUAAGUUUGUUAAAAUGCAAUAAGUGAAAAAUAUUUUGAUAGAUUCAAAGUUUAGGUGUUUUAUUAGUAUAUAAGAGUAAUAACAUUAUUUAGUGUUUAGGGUAAUUUUGGACCAAUUGUUUUUAUUUAUGUUUAUUACCAUUACGUUAAUAAUAAGCAAUAAAACGUAACAAAAUAGUGUGAUUUGCCAUGUACAAUGUGAGUUUUGAGUUGAAAAUCUGAAAGUAUCAAUAUUAGAGAGCAAAAAAUGCCGAGAUUCAGUCAAAGCAAUAUUUUGCUAUUAAUUUUGAAUAAUGAUUACUCUGAUCAUAUCGCAAUCUGUUUCAGCACAUGAUUAUUUUCUCAGUUUCUUGUGUUGACCGAUCUCAUGUUCCAUACGGUAACUCUCAUCUUUUGGAUAUAUUUCUCUUGUCCUUACUUCUUACCAUGGUUGUCUUCAUAUUAUCAAUCCGAUAAUACAAAACCGAGACUUCACAUUAUUUUUUAACAGUAUGUAUUCGGUUUUACGAUUGGUAGGUUGUUAGUAGUAGUAGGUUGAAAAAGUCAUUAAUGCCUACUAUUCGCAUUGCUUUCCUUAACUGUAAACUUGUUUCUCUUCCAGACGCCAAUUUUGGACGUAUUGACUCAUCAUCAUCAUCAUUAGUGGCGUUACAGCUCUUUAUGAGCCAAAGCCUUCUUCAGAACAAUCCUCCAUUCGCCCCUGUCUCUGGCAACUCUUCUCCAUGCUCUAACUCACAAUAGAUUUUAAAUCAGUUUCUAUGUUGUUUUCCUCUUGCUCGUUUUCCUAUAGGCCCUCUUCGGUCAAUAUUUUUUAAUUUUUCUAGAUAUUUUUGAGGCCAUGUGUCUUCUUAAGCUAUAGUAGCACUUAUUGGCGAGCAGUAUUCUUCUUUUAAUUUCUUCACUGAUAUUGUUAUCUUUAGUUAGCAGCGAGCUUAAGUAUAUGAAGGUGUCGACACCUUCCAGUUCUAGGUGGUCAAUUGUUAUUCUUGUAAGUGUCGGGUUGCUUGACCUAGUGCAACACAUAUAUUUGGUCUUUUGAACAUUUAUAUUUAAUCCCAUUUUCUGUGCAUAUUCUCUUAACGACCGAAAUGCUUCAGUCAGAGAUUCUUUAGAUCUUCCUAUGAUGUCUAUGUCAUCUGCGUAUCCGACAAUUUCUACUGAUCUGUUAAAGAUAGUACCAUUCGUAUUAAUUUGGGACUCUCGAAUUAUUUUUUCUAAUGCCAGGUUAAAUAAGAGACACGAUAGUCCAUCACCCUGUCUUAGUUCAUUUUUGCAAUGGAAGGGUCUUGAAAAAUCGUUCUGGAUCUUUACCACGCUCUCUACUCCUGUGAGCGUAAGUUCAGUUAAUUGGACAAGAUGAAACGGUAUUUUAAAUUCUACCAUAGCAAGUAGAAGUUUACCUCUAUUAACUGAGUCGUAUGCGGCUUUGUGGUGUUUUUUUCAAGGAUCUGCCUCACUGUAAAUAUUUGGUCCGUUGUUGAUUUAUUAGGACGGAAACCGCACUGAUAUCCUUCUACUAUUUCUUCAGCGUAGGGGAGAAGACUUUUGUACAAUACGUUGGACAACACUUUAUAUACCAUAUUGAGUAGAGUGAUGCCUCUAUAAUAAUUAUCACACACCAUCAUGUCUCCCUUUUUGUGUAGAGGACACAGUACAUCCAACUUCCAGUCUGUGGGUGUUUUUUUCUGUUGCCAAAUUGCUGCCCUUUCUUAUCAGUGUAUGCAUGUGUUUCAAGAGGGUGUUGCUGCCGUUUUUGAAGAGUUCAGCAGGGAGAUUAUCCGAACCGGGGGCUUUGUUAUUUUUAGGUGUUAAGAUGGCUUCUCUAAUUUCUUCUUCGGUGGGGAGUGGCUGCCGAUCAUCUUCAUUAAUUUGAAGCAUGGGAUCCUCCAUCUCGCCAUCUUCAUAAUUGCCACUAAGCAGUUCUUCAAAAUGUUGCGCCCAUCUGUUUAGUAUUGUUCCUUGUUACUAAUUAUAGAGCCUUCCCUAUCUUUACAGGCUAUUAUUCAAGGUGUGAAGUCUUUUCUGCAGCUAUUUAUCUGUUGGUGGAAUUUUCGUAUGUCUUUUCCAUUGUGGUAGUUAACAAUUUCGUUUAGAGCGUGUUCGUAUUGUUUUUUCUUUUUUCUUAUGAACAUUCUCUUUUCUUUCCUUCUAAGAUUUUCAUAAUAUUCGAGAGUUGAUCUCGUUCUGCGCUACUGGAGUCUCUUAAAUGCUUCAUUUUUUUAUUGGUUAAUAUAUCUACACUCUUCAUCGAACCAAUCCUCAUUUUUUCUGGUCUUGAUAGGUUUUAAUACGUAUUGACGUAUUGACGGGUCGUUUACAAAUACGAGCCCAAUCGGAUCGCUAAGCAUUCCUAACUCUUCCGAUGUGUUAGGGCUUAUCCAUAUGAGGGCGGUUUGCCAACGUCGACUGCGCGGUUUACCUGUUAUCCUUGGUAACUUCAAAGACGGCAUUAGGGUGAGAUCAAGUAAAACAGGUAAACCGCGCAGUCGACGUUGGCAAACCGCCCUCCGCAUAUGGACAAGCCCUUAGUCAUGAUGAUUAGGUGGUUUGUCCUUGUCUACCUGAUCGUGAUAAAGAGAACCAAAAUGCGGAAAUUACUAGAAGAGCAAGACUAGCAUAGUCAGAAUUUGGGAAAUAUAGUUGGAUACUUAAGAACCGCAUAAUACCCCAAUACAUGAAAGAGUUCUACCAGUACAUCGUUCGUAUCAUCACAUAUGGAUGUCAAAUCUGGACCCUAACCAAGGCAAAUAUAAAUAAAGUAGGGCCAGCAGAUAGGGCAAUGGACAUAGAAAUGUUAGUCGACUGUCAUAUAAAAAAAGAAUGACUGGUAAGGUGAAAAAAAAAAUCGAGGAUAUAAAAAAAAAUUGCCAAAUUCAAAUGGAGCUACGCAGGUCAUACUGCUAGACAUGAACACUAAGGUUGAAACGCAACAACACAACAUUGGAGGCCUACGAAGUUAAACGAUCAAGAUGAAGAGCACAGAUGAGAUGGGUAAAUGACAUAAAGAGAAUAGCCUGGUUAAACUCGAAGUUUGUUGGUCAGGAUAGAGAUAGAUGGAAGGACUUGGGAGGGGCAUAUGUUCAAACAUGGACGAUGGAAGAAUAAGAAGGAGAAGGACAAGAAGAAGACCUUAUCGUCAAUGUAAACGUCUAUCUGCGUAAUUUUUUGAGAAAAUCGUGUUACCUUAUAAAGGGGGAGGGCGCUCUUUACACCAUGCAGUAGGGUCUUGACUAGUGAGAUGUUAAGGUUCCACUUGAAUGUCUUUAUUUGAUCUGCCCAUCAUGUUGUACAUCUUCCCCUUCUUCUAGCUAUCUGGCCGAAAUAAAUUAGCUGUAGUUUUAUUUUUGCAUAGCUUGUCUUUUAUGUGAAACUUUUCCAGAAUUGUCAGGUUGGUUCUAUUUUCUGUCCAGGACACCCGUAAAAUUCUUCUGUAGGUCCACAUUUAGAAGGCUUCGAUCUGCAUUUUAGAGUCCAUAAUUCUGCUGGGUAUGUAGCAAUGGAAAAAAUAAGGCCAUUGACCAACAUGAGCUUAGUACUCCUUGUCAUUGGUCAGCCAAUUCAUUGGUCAUUUAUGAGCAGAAAUCACCAUUGUUGGUACUUGUUCUGUGGUUUAUUUAAACUAAAUAUGAAACUACUCGAAUUUCAGCAUUUUUUGUUUAAUGGAUAAUGAAAGUUAAUAAUCAUAAUACUUUGAUGACUCUUUUGGUGGUUAAGAAUAGUAAAUUACAAAAUUUAGCAAACUAAUUAAAAGUGCAAAUAUACAGGGUAGCGAGAAAGUAUGGAAACACGGUAAUUUCUCAAAAACCGCUUAAACAAUUUUUAUAAAUUUUGGUGGGCAAGGAUGUUCUAAUGUGCCCGAUAAUAUAGUGGUAAUUACAUCGUUGUCAGAUCUUCCGUUUUUCUGGAAAUUUAAUGAACUUUCUUAUUUUAAAUGGAACACCCUGUAUAUUUUUUGCCUGUAUAUUUUUUGUGCGUUUUGUAGUCCUUAAGAAACACUGAUUAUUUUUAUUGUUAUAUUCCCUAUACCUAACUGCCAUAAUUUCGAAAUUAUUGCUACAUUUAUUAAAAAAAAAUAACAAAUUAUAAAAAAUCAAUUUUUUCAGCCCGAGUAGAUAUUAUUUUAGGUUAUUUGUAUCAUUAGGAACAAAAAAGGUCUUUUGUAAUUUUCCUCUAAAGUUAAUUAUUUCCGAGUUAUAAACAAUUUAAAACUGAAAACAUCGAAAAAUGACGAUUUCCAAGGUUCAAAAACACAAGUAAAAAAAUUAUUUUUAAAAUUAGCAAGUACCUAAAUUCAAGCUCAAAACUUUUUGUAUCAGAUCCCUAUAAGAACUUUUGGCAUGUUUUAUUCUAAAAUAUUGUUUUGUUUUUUAAUUUUUAAUGAAGCUCAUACGAGAGGACGGGCGAUCGGGCAUUAACAACUAAAAAAUAAUAUUUUAAAAUAGGAUAAGACCAAAUCACUUAUCGGUAUCUGAUACAAUAAGGUUUGAACUUGAAUUUAGGUACUUCGUAAUUUCAAAAAUCAAGUUUUUUACAUGUGUUUUUGAACCUAGGAAAUCAUCAUUUUUCGAUUUUUUUCGUUUUAAAUUGUUUAUAACUCGGAAACGAUUACCUCUCAGGAAAAUCACAAAAGGCCUUUUUUGUUCCUAAUGAUCCAAAGAACCCAAAAUAGUGUCAACCCGGGCCGAUAAAAUUGAUUUUUAUAAUUUUUAUAAUUUUUAAAAUUUUUUUUUAAUAAAUGGUAUAAUAACUCCUAAAUUAUGGCAUUUAGGUAUAGGGAAGAUAAUAUAAAAAAUAAUCAGUAUUUAUUAAGAACUUCAAAACGCAGAAA